AUGGCUGUCAAUCCGUUCCCUCUCGUGUUCCAUCGUCCGCGACAGAAGGAUCACCUCGAGGGACAGUGCCGGUUUGGGGAGCUUUGUGGGAGGGCGACAGCUGAGGGUGCAGCUAUUUGUUGCUGUUGCCCUUUGGCGAUAGCCAAGUUUUUAGUUUUAGCAAUUUACAAGAUCCCCGCUAGGCUAUGCCACCGUGCUAUCAGUAAGGUGCAGCGGCGAAAAGGGUUGAUUGAGCCGCGCAACCAGCAAGGCGGUUGUGGUUGUGAUAAUAGGGAUUUUCAGAUUCAGCCUGUGGAGAGGGUGGAAGGCUCGGAAGAGAGUCAGAAAGCUGUGAAGGAACUGGAAAAAGAGAUGUUGCAAAAGUUUUACGGGAGUAGAUUUUGGAGAAGUCCUAAUUGUCAAUCCAGAAUUUAA